GCAGAGCCAUCCGGCAGAGCCACCCGGCAGAGCAGUCUGAGUCGAUCUCACCGGUUUGCCGUGGAGCGGCGGUCGGAAACACGAGGUAUCGCGAUGACUGACAUGACAAUGAGGGGCACCUUGAGCCUCAACAGCAACGACAGCUUGGACAGCGCAGUCUCGACGACCUCAUCGCAACUCUCGACAAGCAAGGAGCCACGGCAGCUUCUUCUACUCCUGUCCAGCCGGAGAGUGGAGAAUGCCUUGAGGUCUGUUCGUGACAGCUUGCGGGUGAAGGCUAAGGACUCGUUGAACCUCGCCAGACUUUUGAAGAUUCUUGCCGAAGUGCACGCAUUGUGGAAACUCCGCGAAGCUUGGGGUUCCAAGCCUGAUGAAUCAUGGGGCGUUUUCUUGCAGCACUUGUCGGAGAUCCUGGCACCGCGUUUGACAUGUCGUUCAGUGGCCUUGAUCCAAGUGGAGGACUGGCGAGCUGUAAAGGAGUGGUGCGUUGGCUUCCCCCCGGAGACCUUAGGUGAAGUGAUUGAGGCUACUUUGCGUUUCCAUCAAAGCCCAACACCCAUUCAAGUCGUGCGACUCUCCUCCGUCUUGGAUCGGAUGCAUCGAUGCCGCAUGAAGAUCAUGACGCGCCAAUUUUCGAGAUCCCAAGAAAGCGUCUCCCAGUGCUCAGACAACAGCAACACUCUCAAGAAUGCUACCGGUGCACCCAAGAUCCCUGGGUCAUUUUUGUUGGUCCGAAUGAAUGCAGACAUGGCCAAGCUCUCCAAGAUACAGGCUGGAGUUUACGUGCUGACCUUCUCACAGGAGUCAGGAACGCAGCUUUUGAGUUUGGUUCCACCGAUGGUUGUCAGCCUGGCCACAGUCUCCCAGCAGGAGUCUCUCUACAAGCUUUAUCCUCAAGCUUGGGCCCAGUUUGGAAGUUUGGAGAUCAUGCCCAGCUUGUGCAGCGAAAAUACUGCUGAAUCCGGAAACCAUCGGAAACCAAAAACGAGACCGGACCGACGCGUUUCGCGUCUUGUGUCCUUGGACCUUCAGGUCAAAGCAGGGAACUGGCAAAACCAAGGUCUUCCCAGAAACACUCUUGCAGACCUCAGGCAACUGACCACUGUGGGCUCUGUGCAAAGCACGAGCAUUGCCAUGUCUCAGCUUGACAU